UUUCUCCAAAAUUAAAUUGGUAACUAGGAGGUUAAACAUGCACGCGCGGAUUCACAGCGCGGAUCCGCGACCGUUCAAGUGCACCGAGUGCGAUCAAGCCUUCACUCAAAAAGUAAAUCUGGUCAGGCACGAGAAGACCGUUCACCGGAAGUUGAAGGACUUUGCCUGCCUCCAGUGCCCCAAGAAAUUCGGGAGGAAGGGUGACAUGGUGGAACAUCUGAGGAGUAUUCAUGCCAAAAUCCGGCACCCUUGCCCCCACUGCGGACACACGUUUACGCAGAAAGGCAGUCUUGGGAGACAUUUGAAGAAGGUUCAUCCCCACGAUCGAAGGAGAUGUCAGGGCGUGUGCACUUGGCUAGGUAAAUUAAUGAUCCAACGAGCUGUCGAUACGGAAGGGUCUCGUUUAUUGUUGCGGCUGGGACGAGUUCUCCUGCAUGAGGUUGCAUCGGCACGUCGGGUUGCACUCCAGCAUAUUGUACUUUUCAAGCAGGUUACGGAUGUAAAAAGGUUGUGACAAAAGUAAACCAUCAUUUCCAUCUCUGAUUAUUUGCAUCCCAACAUAGGCUGUGGGCUCCAUUAUCGUUAUUUCAAAGUAGGAUUUGAUUGCAUUGAUGAUCUUCUGCACGGCAUUUUUAUCUUUUCCAAUGACCAGUGAAUCAUCCACCCAUAAGCUGAGAUAAGUGAUUAUUGCAUCAACAUCUCCAACAAAUAUACAGGGAUCGCAGUAACAUGGGUGCAAGUCGAAUUUCUCGAGAAAUUCGGUGAAUGUUUCAUUCCAGGUUCUUCCAGCCUGUUUCAAUCCAUAUAAAGCCUUGAUCAGGAGGCACACGAUGGAGUCAUCUCCAUUGUGGAAACCCUCAGGUUGUGACAUGUAUAUGGUCUCCUUUAGAAUCCCGUAGAGAUAGGCUGUCUGGACAUCCAGCUGUGCGAUAUGCAUUUUCUUUGCUGCAGCUAUACUUAGUAGAAGUCUUAUGGACUCGUACCGAGAUACGGCGGAGAAUGUCUCAAAAUAGUCGACGCCUUCUUUCUGUCUAUGCCCUCGUAUGACAAGCCGGGCUUUAAA